AUGGAUGACAUAUUGACUGCGGUCAGGACGGCUCGAGGGAGUGACCUGGUCUCGGCGCCACUACCACAAACUCUUAUUCAGCCGGUAGACCAAGUUGCAGCAAACGAGACCGACACUCAACUUUCUUCAUCUCGCAUCUUGGAACUUCUGCAAUCAAGUCCUUCAAAAGAGGAUUUGUAUACGAUUCUACGGUGGCUUGACCCGAGCAAGCAGAACCAAGAACGGGGGUCCUUUGAUAUACGAUAUGCUAGCUCGGCUGCGGCUCCAAUACUUCGAACAUUAGUCAAUAAAACGAUUCCUGACCAUUGGCAAAAUUUUGAUAAAGAAUCUUCGAAAGAGAGAGGAGCUCUGUUGAGAUGCCUGUGCAGCGUUUCUGGGCUACGGGCUUUGGUGACAAUCCUACGAAUCUCUAUCGAUUCCCUGAAAUCAUCACCACAUAAAGAAAAAGAUUCCGGUAAAAAAGCUGUCAUUCAAGAAAUCAUAUCUUUUAUUUCCGCCCUUUUGAAGCCAAAGGACUUUGUUUAUCGAAUAUACCAGGAUAAUAUAUCUAUAUAUGAGACCAGCAGCAAACAAUGGGUGGCAUGGUCAGAGCUUUGCGCAUUUCUUGCGGGUGGAAAAGUGCUUUCAGUUAUUGGAGAAGCUAUGCUCCUGACAGAAGAGAAACGAGGUUCAAGUUUAGCAUCUUGGGCAGGGGAAGGCGGAAAAUUUGCCGCAUGGCUUGGUCGAAACAUGGGUCAUAUGGCCCAUCAAGCGGGCCAAGAUGACAAAAGUUUCUGGAAAGCCACGUCAUUCAUGGUCGGCCGUGCUGUGAGUCUUGGCUAUACAGAUAAGUUCGUUCAUGAGUUAUAUACAUGUUUAGUUGAAAGGGAAACUCUCUCCCCAUCUUGGGACUUGUUCUUCAAUGAUCUUCGACCGUAUGAGCAGGUCACUAUCAUUCAAAGCAUCUUCAAAGACUUGCAAAAAACUUAUCUUGUCACGGGCUCAGCGAAGGCACAGGACAACGAUCAAAUUGUGGGAGGAGUGGCAGCCCUUCUAUCUCAUUUUCUCAAAAGCAAGGACUCCUUACAGGAGACAGUAAAAAGCUGGCUCGUGACGGGAAAUAACAGUUUUGUGACUUCCGUUGGUCUUCGCCGUGUGCUUAUUUUAUUGAACUCCAAAGAUCCAGAGUCUAUAAAGGACCUACUAACGCAAUGCUUGAGUAGUUUUGGAGAUCCUUUUAACAUCAAGCAUGAUUUGCUGCAGUUUCAAGAAGCAAACACGCAGGUUUUGCUGCUCGCUGCUGGAUAUCUACACCGUUCACAGCCUGCAGAAUUGAAGAUAAUGGGACAAUCGGCUCUUUAUUUGAACGCAAUUUCAAACCGCCUGGCGGCUUCGUCGUCUAGAGCCCGUUUGUUUGGCAUGAUUGUUAGCAUGGCUAUAUCCAAUUUAUGCGACCCUCAUGGCAAAGGACUUAAAUUUGAUCUCGACGAAGUUGAGACUGAAGAGGCGGAAUGGUAUAUGAACUUGACACACGUAAAAGACAGCAUUGGAUCGAUACAGUAUUUGAAGAAUUUCAGCCAGAUCGAAACUGAAAAGGCUACAAAGGAGAUUAAUAGCUCACGCUUUUCCCAGCCUGCACCAUCGAAGAUCUCUAGGCCUACUACCAAAAUUGUUGCUAUUGAAGAAAUCUCGGAUAAUGAGGAUGAUGAAGAUGACGAAGAUCUGACACCUUACGAGAAACCAGACAAUGAUACAUCGGAUGAAGAAGACGAUCCAACACUGAUCCAACGAGGAAAACCAACAGCUCCGGUUUAUAUACGGGAUUUAAUCGCCUAUUUAAAAGACACGGAGAAUGGAGACCGGUAUCAUUUGGGAGUAACGAGCGCAGUGACACUAAUCCGACGAAAAGCCGCAUAUGGGACCGAACUAUUAGAAAAUAUCGACAGUUUAGCACUUACAAUAAUGAGUCUUCAGGAUAAUUUCUCCUUAUCAAAAUUUCACGAACAUCGUCUGCAAGCAAUGAUAGCUUUGGUCGUGGCGCAACCGGUCCGCAUGGGCCGGCUCUUUACAGCCACCUUUUUUGAUGGUGAUCUCUCACAAACACAACGGUCUGCAAUCUUAACAGCAUUAGGUCUGGGAGCCCGGGAACUUGCCGGCCAUGGAGAAGAUGAUGCCGAGGUUAUGGGUCUUCCAUUAUCGGCUUCUUCCCAGGAAAAGUUUCCAUCCAAGAAACUACCCCAAAAACUGCAGGGGAUGUAUUUGGCGGAAAGUGAGGAGUCUCCGAUCUCUGCUCUUACAAAUCAAUUGUCUCGUACAUCUCUUCAACCAUUAGCACUUGAUGCCGCGGAUGCUGCAUCAGGGCCCAAUGCUCUCAAAGUACGUACAUUCUCCUCACGCAUGGAGGUCGAGCGACAACGUCGACAGCGUGAAGCGCAGAGGAAGAAAAAAAUCGUGUCCUUGGAUUUGCACAAAGAUCUUAGCGAAGGCAUUUUUUACCCGCUCGUUGGGCGCUUCGCUGUUAUGAUACAAUCAAAUUCGGCAUUCUCGAAUGGAUACAAUUCUUUCAAUUCACCAAACACUCUUCGACUUUUUAUACAAACUAUCACACUUGUAAUAUCGACUCUGGGUCCACACACACCAGUACUGCCAAACGUCAGCCAGGAAACGUUAACGCUUAUCCUCGCGCUUCACGGAAAGCCAAUAUCAAGCGAGCCAAUCAUUCUUCCAGCAUUGUUAUCUCUCCUUCUUGCUGUGAUUGACCUCAAUACCGCUGCAGGUUCAUCGGCGGAGGAGAGCCUAGUGACUGAGCAUGCAUCCCAGGUAAUGGAGUUGCGGGAGUGGACGAAUGAAGUUUUCGAGAGAACACCGAUUUCCACAGGAAAUAAGACAUCACCCGAGGAGCAAAUAGACGAUUUGCAACAAACACGGAUCCUUGCAGCAGGGAUUUUAGUCAAGAUUGGAGAAAUUGUUGAGAGAUAUCAAAGACGGUUGAUGGGAGUGAAUGUAGGAUUCAAAUAUUAG